AAUCUGUCUCUAACAAAGAUAUCUAACGAUCAAUUGUCUGAAGAGGCUGCUGAUGAAAGUAAUAUGUCAUUUAAAUAUGAAGGAAUCUGUAAUUUUGAAUAUAAUUUUGAUGAAAAUAUUAUGGAGAAUGAAAAUGCUUUUAGUAACGAAAAUGAUACUGAAGAGGAGGAAAAUACAGUUAAUUUUUUAUCUAUAAUAUCUUACUUUCCCUCACAAGAAACUUCAACAAAAAAAACUCUUAAACCAAAUGCAAUACAAAAAAAAAAAAAAAUAGGCCUACUGAUAGUUGG